CGCCCGCGCCAUGGCGGGGAAGGCGGCCGCGGCCGGCGCCGGGGUGCUCCUGGUCACCGCCAACGUCGGCUCCCUCUUCGACGACCCAGAAAAUUUACAGAAGAAUUGGCUUCGGGAAUUUUAUCAGGUUGUCCAUGCACACAAACCCCAUUUCAUGGCUUUACACUGUCAAGAAUUCGGAGGGAAAAACUAUGAAGCUUCAAUGUCUCAUGUGGACAAGUUCGUGAAAGAACUGUUAUCAAGUGAUGCAAUGAAAGACUACAACAGAGCUCGAGUUUACCUGGAUGAGAACUAUAAAUCGCAGGAACAUUUCACGGCUCUAGGAAGUUUUUACUUUCUUCAUGAAUCUUUGAAAAACAUCUACCAGUUUGAUUUUAAAGCUAAGAAGUAUAAAAAGGUUACUGGGAAAGAAAUCUACUCUGACACUUUAGAAAGCACACCCAUGCUGGAAAAAGAGAAGUUUCCACAGGAUUAUUUCCCUGAGUGCAAGUGGUCCAGAAAAGGUUUCAUUCGAACAAGGUGGUGUAUUACUGAUUGUGCCUUUGACUUGGUAAACAUUCAUCUUUUCCAUGAUGCUUCCAAUUUAAUUGCUUGGGAAACAAGCCCAUCGGUUUACUCAGGAAUACGGCAUAAGGCUCUUGGCUAUGUACUUGAUAGAAUUAUCGAUCAGCGAUUUGAGAAAGUUUCAUAUUUUGUCUUUGGAGAUUUCAACUUCAGACUGGAUGCCAAAGCAGUAGUAGAGACGCUGUGUGCAAAGGCCACGAUGCAGACCAUCCGGGCAGCUGACACAAAUGAAGUAGUCAAGCUAAUAUUUCGUGAAUCUGAUAAUGACCGAAAGGUUAUGCUGCAAUUGGAAAAGAAGCUCUUUGACUAUUUUAAUCAAGACGUAUUUAGAGACAACAAUGGCACUGCGCUUUUAGAAUUUGACAGAGAGCUGUCAGUCUUUAAAGACAGAUUGUAUGAACUGGACAUCUCAUUUCCUCCCAGUUAUCCCUACAGCGAGGACUCCAGCCAGGGAAGGCAGUACAUGAACACGAGAUGUCCAGCCUGGUGCGACAGAAUCCUGAUGUCCCACUCGGCCAAGGAGCUCAUUCUGAAGUCAGAAAAUGAUGAGAAGAUAGUAAUAUAUGACCACAUUGGGCCAAAUGUCUGCAUGGGGGAUCACAAGCCUGUGUUCCUGUCCUUUCGAAUAGCUGCUGGGGCAGGUAAACCUAUUGCAAAUGUGCACAAGUGUUGUGUCGUGCAGUGAUGUGGUGGAAAAAGAUGCCUACGAAGUGAGAAGAUUUUCCGUGAAACCACACUGUAGCCAGGAGGGAAGGCAGCACACUGAAAUCUGUAAUCCCAA